AAUCUGAAAUUUUGUUAGGGCACUGAAUCUCUUUCUCUCUCUCUAUCAUAUACUCAGUCGCCUCUCUUGUCACUCAGCCAGCCACCCCUCAUCUCAUCUCAUCUCCUCCUUCCUCUCUGUUUCACUCUCCUCCCUCCCAGCCCAAACGAACGGAACAGACUGACCAGACCAGACUCGGCGACUCGGCGGCAGCACGGCCCAGCCGCACAACCACGACCCACGCACACGACUGCUUCAUGGACACGGAGCUCUGCCACACUGAUUCGUUUCAAAGCUUAUAGUCGAGGUUUAUUAAAAAUCAUAAACACUUGAUUGAGAUGGCUGGUCAAUCGAAUCCUCACCCUUCUCUCUUUUCUGCAGAGGAGAUUGAGUUCAUGGGCGAGGAUGAAAUGAUCGAGAUUGUGCCCAAUAUGAGAAUGGAACCUCUUACUUUAAUUUCAGGGGAUUACGGUCCAUUCUUUCCGCGGAUGGUUACCCAGGUACCCCUUUGGCUUGUAAUUGCUUUAAAGAAGAGAGGGAAAUGUGCAAUUCGACCUCCUUCAUGGAUGUCAAUUGAAAGCUUGACUCAGAUUUUGGAAUCAGAGCGGGAGUCUCAACCCUCUUGAAGACCUUGGUAUCCUUGAGCUGGCAAUAUUCCAUCACCAUCAUUAUCAUCAUCAUCAUCAUCAUCAUCAUCAUCAUCAUCAUAAUUAUCAUGUCUUUCAAUCUUUUCUUUAUCUUUAUCUCCUAAAGAUACACAGUUUUUGCUUAUUGGAUGAAAUUUUUUUUUUUGUAAAAACUUAAAGCAAGAGGUUUAUUAUUUUGUUUUGACCAGGUUUCUUUCAUGUGUUAAUUGGUGAAGGAUGAAAAUAUCUAAAGGAUGCGUUCCUCAUUGAUAAUUUAUUUGUGCAUCCUAUGGACAAUAAUCAUUUUUUAAUUUCAUAUUCCAAGUUAAACUGGCAAGAAGAAACACAACUUUGAUUUAUGGGCACAUUCAUAUUAUGCUUUAUAUUUGUUGCUAAAAUUGUGUCUAUAAAUACGUAAAUAUGUAAAUAGAUCAUUAAUAUGGAUAACGAGAAAAAUUUAGCAGAGAUGAUGAGGGAGUGGUUAGAGUAUAUUAAAUCUCGAGAUAACUAGUUGAAUUCUAAGAUUGUAGUUUAGUAGCUUUAUUUCUCUUAAAAGUAUCAUGUAGCAUGUGUCAUACAUUAUAAUUUUAUUCUUUCUUUUGUCUUAGGAGCAAGUGGUCAUGGUUGCUUGAUGCAGGCCAUGAAAUAUGAAUGCUGGAUUUUGGAUUGGACUUUGUUUUCUAUCUAUUCUUUUGAACUUGAUUUGUGUUGUUGUAGUCGACAAGACUUAGAUUUAAUUUGUGUUGUAAUGGACUAUGGACUUUGGACUUAAAGUUUAAACUUUAACCAUGUGUUGAGAUUUGUGGUUGUAGGCUUUUGGUUUUAAUUGUGUUGGCUUUUGGUUUUAAUUGUGUUAUGUCUUGGAUUGGACAAUAGACAUUGGAGUAUUGGACUUUUGAUGAUGUGUUGUGAUUUGAGGUUAUGUUAUGCUCUUAUGGACUUUUACUUA